AUGACAUUAAAUUGUGUCACGUGGCUGUUCGCGAUUGUCUUCACGGUUCAGGGACAAGGGGAUUCAAACUCAACCCCACCUCCCCCCAGCGUGUUCUCAUGCAGAGGAAGGGAUACCGGGUUUUACGCCGACAUCGCCUCCAACUGCGAAGUGUACCACACGUGUGACAAUCACGGCAAUAAGUUCACGUACUACUGCCCGAAAGAGACGAAGUUCUGCCAAGAGACUCUCGUCUGCGACCACGCGCACCUGGUGAACUGUCGAAACGCGGAGAAAUUAAUCUCCCAAGUUGCCCAGGGGGCCGAUAAAACCGACAAAGCGGCUCUUCAGAGCUCCAGCCCUCUGUCCCGGUCCUUCAGGAUCUCCCCGCAGCCCUCGGUGUUCCUCGAGGCGCCCGCAGAGGACUCGAACAAGUCGACAACGUUCACGAUGAGCGCAACCGUUUUCCUCCGAAAUUCAAGUGCCAAGAAGAACGACAAAAAUCGAAACAGUGUUUCUUCGACUAGCGAACGGUCCAGUGGGAUUCAGUUCAAAUCCAGGGACGCGAACGAGUUUCCUCGCGAAGAAAAGCCCAGAACUCUGAGGUUCGAGGGGUCGCAGGGGGGCAAGACGAGCACGUCGAAGCCGUUUUUCUCGCAAAGGGGUAAUUAUCCUCAAGGUGAGACUCCGAGUACAGCAAGAACUACAACGGCCGGGACUGAGUUUCCCAUUCCUGCUUUUAAUAUUGAAACGUCUGGCUACAGUGGCAAUGAGGAGGACCCGUACUACCCGAAACGCACCACUAGUACGGAAAUUUAUUAUACACUGGAGAGGGAACGAGUUGUCAAGCCUCUUGCGUUUUUGUCGACGGAGAGGCCGUUCGCGAACAGCGUGAAUAUUAAAAUUCCAGAUGUUCUGCCGGAUUUGAAUAGCAUUGACGAUCUUGUUGAUAGGAGGAAGAUUCUGUAUAUUCCGAGAACGAAAGGACUUUAAUUUAGAGGGGUUUUGUUAUAGUGCAUUGGGGGUGUGAAGGUGUUAAUGACGGCAUUAUUAAUUGAAAAUGUGUAAAACGUGACGUUGGAAUUCUGGGGAAUUUUUAUUGGGACUCUAUAAGGUUUUAGUAGAUUUUUAUGAGAGUUCUGUUUAAAUUGUGCAAUUUUAGCG